AAGUCUGUGAUCAUCCGUCGGCCGGAUGCGUCUCGAUCCUCGAUCGCAUUACGUGUAAUAUUUUUAUCGGGAUUAAAAACGGACGGACGUUCCGGCGAUUCGUCGAGUGAUUAAAAAUAGCCGGGGUGGAAAUAGGUAACGACGCAGGUUUCCUAUCGACUCUGUGACUGAUUCGUCAUCGUCAUGAUCACCGUGGAGAGACCUCGGGAUUAUUUUAAUUGUGAUGGUUAACUUUUAACGCACUGAUACGUGAUACGAAGUUAUGCGUUGACCCCGAGCGUGCGUUAAACGUUCGUUGAUUGUGGACGAAAGGGGGAAACUUUUUUCGCUAACGAUACGACGACGGUUGAAUUGGAUUCGCGGAGAGAUGACGCUCGGUGUUUAAUGCAUCGAAAUGACGUUGACGUGAUUAAACGAGUGUUUGAUAAUUAAGUUUUUACUCAUAAACUUUAAAGUAACCUUUCGUUGACGGGCGGAACAAAACAGUGAGUGUGCGCGCAUAGGGGCGCUGAUAAUUAGCGUAAAGUGAAGUAAACUUUCAGUGUCGACUAUCCAGGAUACGUCGGUUAUCGUCGGUUUCUUUUUUUAUUUUUUUAUUUUUUUAUUUUUUAAAAGAAAAAGGUUUAACCUACAGGAUAAUCGCAAUACGAGUGCAAACGCAUUCGGCUCUCCCGACUGAGGUAUUAUAUUUAAAUUGAUAAGUGUUGUUUAAACUGUAUUGUGAAAUUAGUGCGUGGGACAAGUUUGCAUCGUGUGCUGUUUUCAACGUUGUUAAAAUAUCGAGUCAAGAACGCCUGGUAUACUCUUUCCAGACUGUUAAAUCAUAAAAAUUUCUUUCAGUUUCUUUGUUUUUUUUUUUUUACUUCGUUCUCUCAGUUUUUAAUGGUGUUCUCUCUAACGAACAAACAGUUUUUUUUACCUUGACGAAAGACUGCGCGUAAUAACGAACGAGACGGCGCUCCCCGCAGCGUCGUCUUAGAAUUCAUCGUAAAGUGUAAUAAUGGAAAAAUUUUUAUCUCAAGGAUUCAUUUAACUUUACGAUAUAAUACAAUUAAUGGAUUCGGGGAUAAAAAAGAAGAUCGGAUUACCAGUACCGUAUAUGUAUAAGAAGAUUCGACAAAGUGUCGCGCCAAUGCUUUUAACGUGAGACGAAUUGAUUUUUUUUUUUUUUUUUUUUUCCCCCAACAGUGCUUCGAGGGUGCAGUUUUAAAAGCAUCGCCCGGGUGCGCUAAAGUGAAAUGAGGAUUGUACCGGCGAUUGGAUUGGCCCUGGGGCCAAUCCAUAGUUAAUAAAUAUAAAAAAGAGAUUUCGAAAGCCGAAGAGCUACAAAAGCUCGCUCGUUGAAUAUAUAUAUUUAUAUACAUAUAUAUUCAACGACAUCAUUUUUUUUUUUUUUUAAACAAUUUUCCUUCCUUUUUACUUUAUCCUAAACUACAAAGUACACGCAUAGUUUUAUUCAACGAAUUCAAAGUGAAAAUGAGAGGCUCGUUGAUCAUUUUUUCACUUAUAAUUGCCGGUCCGGCCUGGUGUACCGGAGACGACGAUGAUCGCGAGGACGACUUUGUACCCCUGGAUCGCGGUCCUUACUUCGAUGUCUUGGCAUCGCACAACGUAACCGCACUAGUCGGACAAACCGCGGUCCUACAUUGUCGCGUUAAAAAUUUAGGCAAUCGCACGGUGUCGUGGGUCCGUCACCGGGAUAUUCACCUCCUGACAGUCGGCCAGGAUACCUACACGGCUGACGGAAGGUUCCAGGCGACGCAUUUUCCCCAAACGGAGGACUGGACGCUACAAGUCAAGUUCCCGCAGCGUCGGGAUUCUGGGACUUACGAGUGUCAGGUGUCGACGACACCGCCGAUCGGUCACUCGAUGCACCUAUCAGUCGUCGAGCCGGUGACGACAAUUAUCGGAGGCCCGGAAAUGUACAUAAACCGUGGGAGCACAAUGAACCUCACCUGUGUGGUCAGACACAGCCCGGAGCCACCGCCAGUUAUCUACUGGACGCACGAACACAAGGAAAUCAAUUACGACAGUCCUCGUGGCGGGGUUUCCGUAAUCACGGAGAAGGGAGAAAUCACCACGUCCUACCUCCUCGUCCAGAGGGCCCAGCCUGCCGACAGCGGUCGCUACACGUGUCACCCCAGCAACGCGAACACCAAAACGGUUCUCGUCCAUGUGCUCAAUGGUGAAUAUCCGGCCGCGAUGCAGCACGGCGGGCAGCUCAAACUCGCAAAUCCACCCUUCGUCAUAUUCCUCGCAUCUCUACUGGCGUUUUUAAACCUUCACUGAUCGCCGUUGUAAAAUUACACGUGCGUCGGUACAUCGUAUACACACAAACACACAUAUAUACAUAUUAUGAUAUUGUUGUGCACGCUGUUGGUAAUCAUUUGUCGAUGAUUUGAUACGAACGUUGCGGUGUGUCGUGAAAAUUUGGUAAUAUUAGCCUGAUUCGCGUGUAAAAAACAAUUUCAGAGGGUUCAAAUUUUGUGUUCGGAAUAUGAAUGAUCUCGGUUUGUCGUUAUACGUACUGCGAAAAGUCAAUGUUUUGAACUCUUGAUUGUCAAUACCUUUUAGCGCGCAGUUUUUACGACGAAUUUUUCCAAUCUAACGAUCGGGAAAUAAAAAAAUCAAAAAUAUAUCGAUAUCAAAAUUUUCUACCCAACAGCGUGUAAUAUUAUUGCGAUUAUCAUGAUUAUAAUUGUUAUUGUUUAAAAUAUUUAGACUACUUCGUUGUUUUUCAAUCACGGUCGCUGUACUAUCGUAUAUAUAUAUAUAUAUAUAUAUAUAUAUUUAUCGUUGUUAUCAUGUGAUCAAUUUCAACUGGGAUCUCCUUAAAAAUCGUGUUUUUGUUCCUUCUCCGUACGGUGCGGUGAAGGGGGGUGGUGGUGGGGUUGUUUCGUUCUAAAUCGUACCUACGACGCGUCGAAUGACGUGCACUGAGAGAAAUUUUUAGUUCCGGUUACCGCUCAGUCCUUGACUAUUUUCAUUUUUUACCAAAAUCGAAAA